AAUCAGAGCGCUCUCCUUCUCCCCCACCCACCCACCAUCCUCAGCUCUCUCUUAUCGGUCUCUCUCCCUAUUGCUGCCGAUCGACCGACACUUGCAGCCAUUUUACGCAGGACGAACCCAAUCAUGUCGUGAGGGAAGCUCGCUGGUCACCUGGGCAGAGCCAGCAGCCGCCGCGCGUCCCGGUGGUUGCACACAGGCGGGCGGGCAGGCAGGUCCGGCCAAAAUGGUGAAGAGGAAAAGCCUGGACGACAACGAGCCGGAGUGCGGGAAAGGAAUACCAUUCCCCAUUCAGACCUUCCUAUGGAGGCAAACGAGUGCGUUUCUUCGUCCAAAGUUGGGGAAACAGUAUGAAGCAUCUUGUGUGUCCUUUGAGCGGGUGCUGGUGGAGAAUAAGCUUCACGGGCUGUCGCCGGCCCUGUCAGAGGCCAUCCAGAGCAUCUCUCGUUGGGAGCUCGUCCAGGCAGCCCUGCCUCAUGUUCUCCACUGCACCUCCAUCCUGCUGUCUAACAGGAACAGGCUGGGCCACCAGGACAAGCUGGGCGUGGCCGAGACCAAGCUGCUCCACACGCUGCACUGGAUGCUGCUGGAUGCUGCCCAGGAAUGCAACCACGAGCCCAGCUUGGGCCACGGCUGGUCUGGGGGCAGCAGCAGCAGCGCCUUUCUUCAGCCGGUGGGCAACCAGGGAUCAUCCCCUGGGGCUCCCGGCUCAUGUUCCGGCUCUGCCCUAGGGGGGUCAGGGCCCCAGCACAGCGGCUCCCUGCUGGAGGAGGACGAGCAUGCUCGUACCAAGCUCUUCCACAAGAGCAUGGCCACAGUGGAGCUGUUUGUGUUCCUGUUUGCUCCGCUCAUUCAUCGCAUAAAGGAGUCGGACCUCACCUUCCGAUUGGCCAGCGGUUUGGUAAUAUGGCAACCAAUGUGGGAGCACCGCCAGCCGGACAUCUCUGCCUUUACUGCACUCAUCAAACCGGUCAGAAACAUUGUGACAGCAAAGAGGAACUCCCCUGUCAACAACCAGUGCAGCCCCUGUGGAUCCGGCAACCCGGGUCCCAUGGGCUUCCAGGUGGUUUGCGAGGCCGCCCAAUCAGAUUCCUCCUCCCCCGCUGCUGGCGAGCGGAGCUGUCGUCGUGGUAACUCAGUCGAGAAAGGUGGCCCCUCCCAACAACCCCCACCAAUGAAAGGCCCUUCCAAGAAAAAGACAUCAGCGCCUGCCGGCCUGCCAACCUCUCUGGCCCAACGAGCGCGUUAUGCCACUUACUUUGACGUGGCAGUGCUGCGCUGCCUGCUGCAGCCACACUGGACAGAGGAGGGCGUGCACUGGGCCCUGAUGUACUACCUGCAGCGCCUCAGGCAGAUCCUGGAGGAGAGACCUGAACGCACCCCGGAACCUUUAGUGACGCCUCUGCCGCGCCCACGCAGCAGCUCCAUGGUGGCUGCCACACCUUCACUGGUUAACACCCACAAAACUCAGGAUAUGAGUCUAAAAUGCAAUGAAGAGGGGAAAUCUCUCAGCAGCGAGACGUUUACAAAGGUUUCUCUGACCAGCCUCCGUCGACAGGCCGUCCCGGACAUCUCCUCCGACCUGGGCAUGAACAUUUUCAAGAAGUUUAAGAACCGGCGUGAGGACCGUGAGAGAAAGGGCUCCAUCCCCUUCCAUCACACGGGGAAGAAGCGUCAGCGCCGCAUGGGGGUUCCUUUCCUGCUCCACGAGGAUCACCUGGACGUCUCCCCGACCCGCAGCACCUUCUCCUUCGGAAGCUUCUCGGGCCUGGGUGACGAUCGUCGGGCUGUGGACCGCGGGGGCUGGCAGGCCACCAUCAUGGGCAAAUUCACACGAAGGGGCAGCACGGACACAGCUGCAGACGCCGACAGCCUGAGUGCCAAACAUUCUCAUUCCCACCACUCUCUGCUCAGAGACAUGCCCGACCACUCCAACAGCCACAGCGAUAACACCGUCAAAGAGGUUCGAUCUCAGAUCUCCACCAUUACUAUGGCGGCGUUCAACACCACAGUGGCGUCCUUCAACGUUGGCUACGCCGACUUCUUCACCGAGCACAUGAAGAAACUCUGUAACCCCGUCACUGUCCCCGAGAUCCCCGUGGAGCCUCUGGCCUGCGCCAACCUGCCGCGCAGCUUCACCGACUCCUGCAUCAACUACUCCUGUCUGGAGGAAGGGGAGAACAUCGAGGGGACCAAUAACUUUGUGCUGAAGAACGGCAUGCUGGAUCUCACUGCCGUCUUGCGGGCUCUCUAUGCCGUCCUCAGCCACGACAUCAGUUCCAGGAUCUGCGACGUCGCCCUCAACAUCAUCGACUGCCUGCUGCAGCUGGGCGUGGUGCCCGGCAUGGGCAAGAAACUGUCCAAGCCCGACAACAAGGAGAACCAGGAGGCGCGAGCCAAAGACGCGUCCGGGCAGGGCCUCGGAGGAGGAGCCCAGGGAGGCGGGGCCGCCCCGGGUGGAGGGGGAGAUGGAGGUGGAGGUGGAGGUGGAGGUGGAGGAGGAGGAAGUGGUGGAGGGAGCGGGCAGGGGAGCAAGGAUGAUGUGAAGAAUAACAAGGAUAAUGAUAAAAAGGAGGGCUCCGGCUUCAGCACCCACCGCCUGGCUCUGACCAUGCUGAUAAAGAUAGUCAAGUCGCUGGGCUGUGCCUACGGCUGUGGCGAGGGACAUCGCGGACUGUCUGGAGAUCGCCUCAGGAUGCAGGCCCAGAACUGCCUGACCAGCCUUUAUAAGCUGGACAAGGUGCAGUUUCGACAGACAAUGCGCGAGUAUGUCAACAAAGACUCUCUCAAUAACAUUGUGGACUUCCUGCAUGCACUGCUGGGCUUCUGCAUGGAGCCCAUUACUGACAACAAGGCAGGCUUCGGGAACAACUUCACCACGGGGGACAACAAGUCCGUGGCCCAGAACAUGGAAGCGGUGGUGGUGGGCUGCAUGUUCAAGUCCCUCAUCACCCGCUGCGCCUCGACCACACACGAGCUGCACAGCCCAGAGAACCUGGGUCUGUACUGUGACAUCCGGCAGCUGGUGCAGUUCAUUAAGGAGGCCCAUGGGAAUGUGUUCCGCAGGGUGGCACUGAGCGCGCUCCUGGACAGCGCCGAGAAGGUCGCCACCACCAAGAAACCUGAGGAGAAAGAAGAGACCAAGCAGCCCGGACCCAGGAGGUCAGAGGCCGGUGUGUCAGGGGAGAAGGGUCAGGUGUCCAGUGCUGCAGAUGAGUGUCGCAGCUACAUCUCCAGUAGACCCCCCCAGACACCCGAACAUGAAGAACAGAUCCCGGGUGCUCUGCUGGGCAGGAAGGACUUUUGGAGGAAGAUGUUCAAGUCGCAGAGUGCCGCCAGUGACACCAGCAGCCAGUCGGAGCAGGACACCUCCGAGUGCACCACCGCCCACUCUGGCACCACCACCGACCGGCGCUCGCGUUCGAGAUCCCGUCGCAUUUCACUUCGCAAGAAGCUGAAGCUGCCGAUAGGCAACUGGCUGAAGCGUUCCUCUCUCUCUGGACUGACUGACGGUGUCGAGGACCUGCUGGACAUCAGCUCAGUGGAUCGACUCUCCUUCAUACGUCAGAGUUCAAAGGUGAAGUUCACCAGUGCGGUGAAGUUGUCCGAAGGCGGCGCGGUGGGACCGGAGUUCGCGAGGGACGAGGAGGAGAAUUUCUUCAAGCGGCUCGGACCCCACGGCUUUCAAGAGCGUCUCGCGGCCAGUCAGGAGGCCAUGAAGAACAAGAAUGUGGUGAAUUUGGGCGCCAUUCGACAAGGCAUGAAACGCUUCCAGUUCCUGCUGAACUGCUGCGAGCCGGGAACCAUACCGGACGCGUCCAUCCUCGCCGCCGCUCUGGACUUGGAAGCUCCGGUCGUGGCGCGGGCCUCCCUCUUUCUCGAAUGUGCCCGAUUUGUCCACCGCUGUAACCGCGGCAACUGGCCCGAGUGGAUGAAGGGCCACCACGUAAACAUCACCAAGAGGGGCCUGUCCAGGGGCCGGUCGCCUAUUGUGGGCAACAAGAGGAACCAGAAACUCCAGUGGAACGCUGCCAAACAUUUCUGCCAGUGGGGAGACGCAAUCGGCACAAGGCUCAGUGAACUGUGCCACUCUGACAGCGAGAGCCCUGCAAACAUCCUGGGUUACAUUUUUGAUGAAGAGACCAAACGGAGAAUGAGAAAGGAAGACGAGGAGGAGGACUACCUGGACGACAACACAGUCAAUCCUACGAAAUGUGGCUGCCCCUUUGCUCUAAAGAUGGCCGCCUGCCAGCUGUUGUUGGAAAUCACCACUUUUCUGCGAGAGACCUUUCCCUGUUUACCACGCCCACGCAUUGAACCUCUCGUGGAUCUGGACAGCUGCCGCCUGCGCCUGGACCCCGACCUCGGCCGCCAGCGCUACGAGAGGAAGAUCAGCUUUGCUGGCAUCCUUGAUGACGAGGAUGGACACGAUUCGCUCAACAGCAGCAGCCAUACGCUGAAGUCUGACACCACCUGCGAUGAUAAGAAGCCCCAGGAAGUUCAAGCACCCAUCCGCAAGAUUCGCAUCGGAGGCUCCCGGCUGCUUCAGAUCAAAGGCGCUCGCAGUUUCCGCGUAAAGAAAGGUGGCUCGCUGUCGUCCAUACGCCGGGCCGGGAGCCUCAAGAGCACCAAGAUGCCCCGGCAGGACUCUGAGUCAGAGAACGAUGACGGGCUGCUGUCACAAACACACAGCAGGGACACUGUUACUGACAUAGGGAGUCCCUUUAGCACCAGUGAACCCAGCAUAGAACCAGAGGGCCAGGGCUCAGGAGGAGCAGAGGACAACUACCACCGCAACAUGUCCUGGCUCCAUAUUAUGAUCCUGCUGUGCAACCAGCAGAGCUUCAUCUGUACCCACAUAGACUUCUGCCACCCCCGCUGCUACCAGCACCACAGCCGCUCCUGUGCCCGUCUGGUCCGCGCCAUCAAGCUCGUGUACGGCGAGACGGUGGACAGCCUGAGGGAGGACAGCGCCUCCUCCGGUAACAUCGGGGCGCGUGCCAAGAAGAGUAAAGAGUGUUCGGACAAGUCUUGCCUGAGGACCCCGUCCAUGAAGAGACGACCCAACGACUCCAACACGGAAGGGAAGAAGGACACCGGCAUGCUCAAGUACAUCCGCAACCAGGUGAAGUGAUGAGCCUGUCAGCCCGCCCCUCUCUCACUGCUGAUCAAGGCCGCUCCCAUCCUGACGGACGACAUGUAUGGAGACAUCCAGCCCGCAGCCUGGGAACUGUUGCUCAGUGUGGACGAACAUAUGGCAGCGGCUGCUGCUGCCAUGUUCCUUCUGUGCGCGGUAAAGGUCCCCGACGCGGUGACGGAAAUGAUGAUGGCGGAGUUCCAGCACCAGGAGGCCUGCCAGCGCAUCAACUCCAUCCUGAAGUUUUACACGCUGUGGCGUUUCCGCUACCAGGUGUGGCCUCGCAUGGAGGAGGGGGCGCAGCAGAUCUUUAAGAUCCCUCCCCCCAGCAUCAACUUCACUCUGCCAUCUCCUAUACUGGGCAUGCCCUGUGUCCCCAUAUUCGACCCCCCCUGGGUGCCGCAGAACACAGGCAGCGUCCAGGACCCGAUCAAUGAAGACCAGUCUAAAUCCUUCUCAGCGCGGGCGGUGUCGCGUUCCCACCAGCGGGCCGAGCACAUCCUGAAGAACCUGCAGCAGGAGGAGGAGAAGCGGCGUCUGGGCCGCGAGGCCAGCAUCAUCACGGCCAUCCCCGUGGCUCAGGAGGCCUGCUACGAGCCCACGUGCAGCCCCCCGCCCGAGCAGGAGGAAGAAGCAGAAGAAGUGGUGAACCUGGCAUCACGCCGCCUGUCCGUCAGCCCGUCCUGCGCCUCCAGCAACUCGCACAGGAACUACUCCUUCCGUCGGGGCUCUGUGUGGUCGGUCCGCUCCGUGGCCAGUGCUGAAGAUGAAGAGAACACAACAGAACACACUCCGACCCACCACAUGCUACAGCCGCCCCAAGCCGUCUUCCCAGCAUGCAUUUGCGCCGCAGUCCUACCCAUAGUGCACCUCAUGGAGGACGGGGAGGUCCGAGAGGAUGGAGUGGCCGUGAGUGCUGUCGCCCAACAAAUCCUCUGGAACUGCCUGAUUGAAGAUCCGGCCCUGGUUCUCCGCCACUUCCUGGAGAAACUAACAGUGAGCAACCGACAGGAUGAGCUGAUGUACAUGCUCAGGAAGCUCCUGCUCAACAUCGGAGAUCUGCCGGCCCAGACCUCUCACAUCCUCUUCAACUACCUGGUGGGGCUGAUAAUGUACUUUGUGCGGACUCCGUGUGAGUGGGGAAUGGACGCCAUCUCGGCCACGUUGACCUUCCUGUGGGAGGUCGUCGGCUACGUGGAGGGGCUCUUCUUCAAGGACCUCAAGCAGACCAUGAAGAAGGAGCAGUGUGAGGUCAAACUGCUGGUCACCGCGUCCAUGCCAGGAACCAAAACACUGGUGGUACACGGGCAGAACGAGUGUGACAUCCCAACACAGCUCCCGGUCCAUGAAGACACUCAGUUUGAAGCUCUGCUCAAGGAGUGCCUUGAAUUCUUCAACAUUCCAGAGGCCAGAUCGGCACACUACUUCCUCAUGGACAAACGAUGGAACCUCAUCCAUUACAGCAAGACAUAUGUGAGAGACAUCUACCCCUUCCGGAGAUCAGUCUCUCCCCAGCUCAACCUGGUCCACAUGCUGCCUGAGAAAGGACAGGAGCUUAUCCAGAAACAGGUGUUUUCCCGUAAGCUAGAGGAAGUUGGUCGAGUCCUCUUCCUCAUCUCCCUCACACAACACAUGCCGGCUGUGCACAAGCAGUCGCACGUCUCCCUGCUGCAGGAAGACCUCCUCCGCCUGCCGUCCUUCCCACGCACCGCCAUCGAUGCAGAAUUCUCGCUGGUCAACGAGCCACAAGGUAAGGAGCUGUUUGGAUUGGACACCCUCCACAAGGUGCUGUGGAUCAAGCUGCUGGAGGAGAUGUUUCUGGGCAUGCCCAGUGAGUACCCGUGGGGCGACGAGAUGAUGCUGUUCCUCAACGUCUUCAACGGGGCUCUGCUGCUGCACCCGGAGGACAGCGCCCUCCUCAGGCAGUACACCGCCACUGCCAUCAACACCGCCGUCCACUUCAACCAUCUCUUCUCCCUCAGCGGCUACCAGUGGAUCCUGCCAACCAUGCUGCAGGCCUAUGCUGACUACGAGAGCGACCCUUUACUGAGGCAAGGCAUCGAGUUCUGCUGCCAGCAGUUCUACAUCCUCCACCGCAAACCCUUCAUCCUGCAGCUGUUUGCCAGUGUGGCGCCGCUGCUGGAAUUCACAACCAGCACCAGUACGGGUCUGUCGAAAGGCGUGUCAGCUCAGUGUCUGUUUGACCUGCUGGUCUCUCUGGAGGGUGAGACCAAGGACGCCCUGGAUGCUCUGGAGCUGGUUAAGGCUGAGAAACCUCUACGCUCUCUCGAUUUCUGCUACGGUAAUGAGGACUUGGCCUUUUCCAUCAGCGAGGCCAUCAAGCUGUGCGUCACCGUGGUUGCCUACGCCCCUGAAUCCUUCCGGAGUCUCCAGAUGCUGAUGGUGCUGGAGGCCCUGGUCCCCUGCCACCUCCAGAAGCUGAAGAGCAACACGGUUACAAUGGAGUCGGUCUCGGCUGCCAGGGAUGAGAUCGCCGCCAUCGCUGCUCUGGCCACAUCCCUGCAGGCCCUCCUCUACAGCUCAGAGACCCUCACAAGGCCCAUGACGGCGCCCCAGCUGUCCCGCUGUGAUCAGGGCCAUAAGGGAGGCACCGCAGCUAACCACGCCAUGUCAGGAGGGGUCAACACCAGGGACAACCUCCACCUGUUGGAGGAGGGCCAGGGCAUGCCGAGGGAGGAGCUGGACGAGCGCAUCGCCAGGGAGGAGUUCCGCCGGCCCCGGGAGUCCCUAUUAAACAUCUGCACCGAGUUUUACAAGCACUGCGGGCCACGACUCAAGAUCCUGCAGAACGUCGCCGGCGAGCCGCGAGUCACAGCGCUGGAGCUGCUGGACAUCAAGUCCCACAUGAGGCUGGCGGAGAUCGCCCACGCGCUCCUGAAGCUGGCGCCCUACGACACCCUGACCAUGGAGAGCCGAGGGCUGCGGCGCUACAUCAUGGAGAUGCUGCCCAUCACCGACUGGUCGUCGGAGGCCGUCCGCCCCGCCCUCAUCCUCAUCCUCAAGAGGCUGGACCGCAUGUUCAACAAGAUCCACAAGAUGCCUACGCUCAGGAGACAGGUGGAGUGGGAGGCUGCCAGCAACCUGAUCGAGGGGAUCUGCCUGACCCUGCAGCGACAGCCAAUCAUCUCCUUCCUCCCGCACCUUCGCUCGCUGAUCAACGUCUGCGUCAACCUGGUGAUGGGUGUGGUUGGUCCCUCCAGCGUGGCAGACGGGCUUCCUCUUCUCCACCUCAGCCCCUACCUCUCCCCUCCGCUGCCCUUCAGCACCGCAGUGGUGCGACUGGUUGCUCUGCAGAUCCAGGCCUUGAAGGAGGACUUUCCUCUCAGCCACGUGAUCUCACCUUUCACCAAUCAGGAGAGGCGAGAGGGGAUGCUGCUCAACCUGCUCAUCCCCUUUGUGCUCACUGUGGGCUCUGGAAGCAAAGAUAGCCCCCACCUGGAGCCGCCUGAGAUCUUCCUGCUCCUCCAGACGGUCAUCAAUAUCCUCCUGCCCCCCCGCAUCAUCUCCACCUCCCGCACCAAGAACUUCAUGCUGGACGCUUCCCCGGCUCACUGCUCCACCCCGGGCGACACGGGGAAGGAUCUGCGCAGAGAGGGACUAGCAGAGUCCACCAGCCAGGCUGCAUAUCUGGCUCUGAAGGUGGUGUUGGUUUGCUUUGAGCGCUCGCUGGGAAACCAGUGGUACCGGCUCAGCCUGCAGGUGAAAGAGAUGGCUCUGAGAAAGGUGGGCGGCUUGGCCUUCUGGGACUUCAUCGACUUCAUUGUACGAACCCGAAUCCCCAUCUUUGUCCUGCUGAGACCCUUCAUCCAGUGCAAGUUGUUGACGCAGCCUGCUGACUCCCAGGAGGAGAUAACGGCGCGUCACCACAUCGCUGACCAGCUGGAGCGCCGAUUCAUCCCGCGACCUCUCUGCAAGAGCUCCCUCUUUGCAGAGUUCAACAAUGAACUCAAGAUCCUCAAGGAGGCUGUGCACAGCGGCUCCGCUUACCAGGGCAAGACGUCCAUCAGCACAGUGGGCACCUCUACGUCAGCAUAUCGCCUCAGUUUGGCCACAAUGUCGCGCUCUAACACGGGCACCGGCACAGUUUGGGAGCAGGACAGCCAACCGUCACGCCAACCCUCCCAAGACACACUCAGCCGCACGGACGAGGACGAUGAAGAGAAUGACUCCAUCAGCAUCCCCAGUGUGGUGAGCGAGCACGAAGCCUUCUUGCCGAGGGUGAUAACGCAGCGUCGUUUCUCGAGCCACGCCACCGGCUCAGCGGCCUCGCAGCCCGAGGUGCCCCGCACCACCCUGCUGCCCAGCCACAGUGAACCCAAUGUGCUAGAUGAGUCCCAGGGCCUUCUGCAGGAGGGUAACCUCUCUAGGGUCGCCAGUGUGCAGAGUGAGCCGGGCCAGCAGAACCUUCUGCUGCAGCCUCCGUUGGGAAGAAAGAGAGGCCUCAGACAGCUGCGGCGCCCCCUGCUGUCCAUUCCAAAGAAUGAACCACGCAGUCGAACCGGAGCGAGACUUUCCACAACCCGCAGGAGCAUCCAGCCCAAGAACAAACCACUGGCGCAUGGAGACCAAAAGAGGUCAGUGACCUUUACAGAGAACCAAGGCCAGCAGGGGGGCAACAAGCCCCCGACUCCCAGCACUACGGAGCCUCCAGCUGAGGGCAGGAAGGCCAGUCCUGCCCUCACAAAGUCCCCGACACUGGAAGUGCCAUCUGUCUCCUCAGCCAUGGCGACCGCCGACCUGCACGGCCCUGCGAGCACACAGUAUUCUCCUCAGGUCCUUCCCGCCAUAAGCAGCAAGGAGAAAAGAGAGCAGUGGGGCCUCCGCAGCAGCCUCUCCCCUCCCCCCUCCUUCUCCCGUCCCUCCACCCCGACGCCUCCAUCCCGAACCUGCUCCCCGCUUUCCCUCUCCCGAACCUGCUCCCCUCUCCCCUUGUCCCGCACCUCCUCUCCUCUCCCUCCACCGCGCCCGGUGCUGGGCUCGGCGCCGGCACCGGGCCCCCCGCCGCCUCCACCGCUGCCGCCGGCCCCUCUCCUACCUCCGCCACCGCCGGGGCCGCCCAGGAUCCGACAAAGCCCCGGGGACGACGACACGACCUUCCUCCUGCCGCGCAGCGACACCCUGCUGCAUCUCAGCGAGGACGGCGGCACCGAGAACCCGCUCCUCACCCCGCUGCUGUCCCCUCCCUCGCGCCGCCGCUCACCCCGCCGGCUGCCCCUGCCCCUCUCCCCCGUCGACCUGGACCUGGAUGAGUCCCACGUUUGACAGAGGGUCACGGCUGGAGUGUAUUUUUCUAUCUGCCGCCAAAUGCCAUAAAAGUACGUGCAGGGUACGGAUAACAGGGAGGCUGAGCUGCAUACGAUUCAAAACCAGAACAUUUCCAUUUUAUUGACUGACAAUCUCAAAAGUACUUGGUAAGAAAAGGAAGAACCCCCCCCCCUGCCUCAAGUGUGUCGAUUUCUAUUCCGUCUGAAGCCCGUCCUGUUCUCCCCGCAGCUAAACAAUACUUCUCCCCCCUUCCCUCCUCUCUCUGUAGGUCUCUUAUUGUAUAUUUUAAAUGUUGGAUAUCAACAUGAGAGUCAUUACUGUACUGCGUGUGUUCUGUUGGCGACGCACCCUGAGGGGCGAAUGUAUAUUUUAGCAGCAAUCUACCUUAUUAUCACUCCUUCAUUACAGAACUCAUGCUGGGGGCUUAGGUCUGUUCUACCCCGAGAUUAAAGAUUUAUUUUUCAUUUUAUUUUACAUGAAUACUCAAUUAUAAAAUAUUUAAAGAUUGAUAUUUAACUAAAUAUGCUUCUUAUACUGUAGAUUUGAUUUUCUAUAUUGCUGAGAUCUAUAUAAAUUGAAGUUUUAUUCUAUGAAGCAGGUGAUAUACAGUAAAUAUAUAAUACAGUAUAUGUAUUUUAAAGAUUUUAUGUGGAGGAAAUAAGUGAUGUUUUUCCUGGAAAAGUAUUAAGAUUAUAAUCAUAAUGUCAAAUAUAUAUAUCCCAUUUAACUGUGUUUCCACAGUGUGUGUUGUGCUGCUCAGUGUCUCAGCAGAAUAUAUGAUUUGUAAGUUUACAAUAUGACUCCUGGGGGGGGAAAAGACUCGUUGCUUGUUGCCGUGCUGGUUAUGUUUAGUUGUCUGUGAUGUUGCGAGACUCAUUCUGUUACCUCGCAGCUCAUUCCAUGCCUUAACAGAGAAGCACGUCCGUCUGUUGUCUAAAAAAGAGUUUAUUGUGUCUGCUGAAAACCUCAUACCUCCUCAAAAUGUCCACUUUUAAGGAGAUCAUAUAGUUGCGUAACUGUGGCCAAGUAGUGAGAAGAUAUCCUAUUUAUUUUAAACACAUUUCUAUAUGUAAAUCAUGCUGAUUUUGCCCCUUUUCAUCAAUAACCAGAUGCUGUAAAUCACAUAAUACAGGAUGAAUAUGUGCCAUAAUUCACACCAACGCACUGUGAGUGUUUAGUCAUCGGCUGCUUCUCUCUGCUGUAUUUAACAUUCUUUCUUUUGACUGUGUCACUUUGUGAAAAUAUUGUCGUCAUUUGGGUACAUGGAUUGUGUACUGUUUACUUAUGCAGUGGGAAUAGAGAGGAAACGAUGCAGCCUCUAUGGGAGUCUUAAUGCAGUUAAUUCAACAAAUGUGUCCUUAAUAAAAGCACACAUUACUCGUUUCCACCUAAUUUAAGACAGAAAUGUUUCUGUUAUGCAUUCUUGUCCUGUCUUCUGUAUUUGUCAACCUAAAUACAUUUUUGCACGGUGCAAAAACACGUCUACACAUCCACGCUUUUCAAGUCUUUAAAGAAGUACAAAGAAGCAUCAGUGUUGAUUCUGAGUUCCCCUUAAAAUGUCACGUGUCUGUCAAAUGAUGUCUUCUUUGUGCAAAGUGAGAAUAAAGCUACAGUAUACCAGAAUAUUUCUGGAAUAUCUAAAUAAAUGGAAAUGGUUUAUAAUGUUUUUCAGCUGUCUGUCCAUAUCUAACUGUGGAGAAGUCGGUGAGUCUAAAUAAACAUUACAAAUGUGCUGA